AUGUUUGGUCAGCGAAGCGUCGCGCCAGCCUCUGGAGGUUUAUUGGUCAACACCACGUCCGCAAAUGCAUUGUUCGGUAAUAAGCAAAACCAACCCUCUACCACUUCAACAGCGGCUACACAAAGCGGCGGAAAUUUGUUCGGCGAUAUAACAUCAACCGCCGCCCCAGCAAAUACUGGAAAUGCUUUGGGGAGUUCAAACCCAGCGCCUUCGUCUGCUUUAAGUGGAAGCUUAUUUGGUGGUGUAUCCAAUACAACAACUGCCGGUGCUGGCGGAAUAUUUAGCGGCCUAGGCUCGUCUACAGCAGCUCAACCACAAACAGGGACCAUGUUUUCUACUCUAGGAGCGUCUGUCAGCAACCCGGGAACAACCCAAACUCCACAGUCAGGCGGAAUUUUUGGGGGACUGAGUAGUACAACGCAACCGAAGGCUACAAUGGGCGGAUCCCUUUUUGGACAGACACCAAAUACAUCACAACCCCAAAACAAAUCGGCUUUCGGGGGGUUUAAUGCAACUUCAAAUUCUGGUGGUGGAUUAUUUGGUGCGUCCACUCUCCAGCCAAAGCAGCCGCAAGGCCCCACAUUAUCACUCUUUGCGAACCAGAAUUCUUCCGCAAAACAGGACCAGAAGGUUACGGGGUCCAGUAUCGUGCAGGGUGUUAAGAUAGAUAUAUCGAAUCUUCUUCCCACUACCAAAUUUGAAAGCUGUGCCGAUGAGCUGAAGAAAGAAAUCGAAACCAUUGACACAUUCAUCCUCAACCAGAUCCACAUGUGUAAUGAAGUUUCCGACCUUUUACCAACAAUUUCUGCAUCAAUCGAAUUAAUACCAAAUGACGUCGAAUUUGUGCAAGGCAAGCUCGACGCGCUUCAGGAGUCUCUUGAAAACGAUGCAAGCGGCAUCGAAUAUGCCCGCAAUCUUGUAAAAGAAGAUGCUAUCAAUGCUAAGCUUGCCUUUCGCGCCAUUGACACUUUGCUUCUUCCUGUACAAUAUCAACCAUCACCAGGCGAAAGAUGGUGGUCAUCAACGCAACAAACACCGUCGAUAUCAAAACAUUCAUUACGAACUGCAUUCGGAUCGCGGCGAGCAACUCUCGCUCUACCAGAGGAUACAGAAGCAGACUCUAGCCACGAUGGGCCUAAUAGUCUUGUGGAUUACUUUUCACGGCGAUCGGAUGAAAUGGGUGCUGUUUUAGAAGAAUACCGAAAAAAUAUGAAAGAAAUUGAGGAGCAUCUUCAUGGAGUUGAACUUUCGGUACAGAGACAGAUUAAUGAGCUUGCCUCUUCUAGAGGUAGGAACGGCACACAACACAAGCCUGCCUCUCGUGUCAACCAGCUUGCCUCUACUCUAGGUGAUGUUGAAACGGCGAUUCUUGGUGUUGCAGGAAGGCUAGGCGGUGUUAAAGAAGAUGUUCAGGAGAUUACCUUAGCACCUCUAGGCAUUCACAACAACAAGGUUUCUGGCGGGUGGUAA